AGGCCGGGGCUUCCGGUGCGCAGGCCACAGUGGCCCGGCUACCAAUGGAGGAGCCCGCGGGGAGGUGAUUUUCCUUCUUCUUCUUCUUCUUCUUCUGCUUCUCCUCCCCAUUUCCCUCUCCCUCCCCAGCUCUCUUCCGGCGGCCCCCCCGCCUCGCUCGCUGCCGCUGCGGGAGCUGCUUUCCCCCGAGUCCGCGGCCGCUGCGGCCUCUACGCCGCCUUCCUCGCACUCUGGGAGGCAGAGAAGUCAAAUGAAGUCAAAAGAGCGAUAAGAGUUGUUGAGAAAGAAACGGACGUUACUCUCCUGCUCCGCAGUUUGGCUGAGCACUACGAUGUCUGUGGACAUGAACAGCCAGGGCUCUGACAGCAACGAAGAGGACUAUGAUCCAAACUGUGAUGAGGAGGAAGAGGAUGAAGAGCCUGGGGACAUUGAGGAUUACUAUGAGGGGGUGGCAAAUGACGUGGAGCAACAGGGAGCAGAUGCCUUUGACCCUGAGGAAUAUCAGUUUACCUGCCUGACUUACAAGGAAUCGGAGAGUACCCUGAAUGAGCACAUGGUCAGCUUGGCCUCUGCAUUAAAGGUGUCCCAUGCAGUUGCUAAGCUUGUAUUAGUUAGCUUCCACUGGCAAAUCUCAGAAAUUUUGGAAAGGCACAAGUCCAAUUCUGUCCAGUUGCUAGUGGAAGCACGAGUUCAGCCUGCCUCAUCCAAACACGCCAUGGUACAUUCCUCCCAGCACUGCGCGGUGUGUAUGCAGUUUGUCCGAAAGGAGAACUUGUUGUCUCUGGCUUGUCAGCACCAGUUCUGCCGCAGCUGUUGGGAGCAGCACUGUACAGUUCUCGUCAAGGAUGGAGUCGGAGUGGGUGUCUCCUGCAUGGCUCAGGACUGCCUGCUCUGGACUCCAGAAGAUUUUGUGUUUCCAUUGCUACCUAGCGAGGAGCUGAAAGACAAAUACAGACGCUACCUCUUCAGGGAUUACAUUGAGAGCCAUUUCCAGCUGCAGCUCUGUCCCGGCGCAGACUGCCCUAUGGUCAUACAGGUACAGGAGCCCAAAGCUCGCAGAGUGCAGUGCAAUCGAUGCAAUGAAGUUUUCUGUUUCAAGUGUCGGCAGAUGUACCAUGCUCCCACAGAUUGUGCCACCAUUCGAAAAUGGCUCACCAAGUGUGCAGAUGACUCUGAAACAGCCAACUAUAUCAGUGCUCACACUAAAGAUUGUCCCAAGUGCAAUAUCUGUAUUGAAAAGAACGGAGGCUGCAAUCACAUGCAAUGCUCCAAAUGCAAACAUGACUUCUGCUGGAUGUGUCUAGGGGAUUGGAAGACUCACGGCAGCGAGUACUACGAAUGCAGUCGGUACAAAGAGAACCCUGAUAUUGUAAACCAGAGUCAGCAAGCACAGGCCAGGGAGGCCCUUAAGAAGUACUUGUUCUAUUUUGAAAGGUGGGAAAACCACAACAAGAGCUUACAGCUGGAGGCACAGACAUACCAGCGAAUUCAAGAGAAGAUACAAGAAAGGGUGAUGAACAACUUGGGAACGUGGAUAGACUGGCAGUAUCUACAGAAUGCAGCAAAGCUGCUAGCUAAGUGUCGUUACACGCUGCAGUACACAUAUCCAUAUGCCUACUACAUGGAGUCUGGCCCCAGAAAGAAACUGUUUGAAUACCAACAGGCUCAGCUGGAAGCGGAAAUAGAAAACCUCUCAUGGAAGGUGGAGAGAGCAGAUAGUUAUGACAGAGGGGACUUGGAAAACCAGAUGCACAUAGCCGAGCAGAGGAGAAGGACCCUGCUGAAAGACUUCCACGACACAUAAAGUAGCAGGAGAUGUCAGGGCGCAGGGGUGAGCGCAAAGAGCGAGGUGGCGGUGAGAGCAGCAGCAGAAGCAACACGAGAAGCUGGCCCCCGCCCCCACCACAGAGAAGGGCUGAGGACAACACUGCUGCCUCCCCUUGCAAGCCAGACACGAGCUAGCACCACAGCUUAGUCUUCUGUUUUCUCUUCUCUUUCUGCUUUUCGUUUUUGCCAGGCUAGAGGCUGGAGUUCAGAUUUGGCACCUUUUUUUUCUGGGACGUUUUCCUCCCCGGCUCUUGGAUUGUUCUGGGAAGGAGUUCUUUUAUUUUAUUUUUCUUCUUCUUCUUCUUCUUCCUCCUCCCCCCGAAUGGCUGUUAAUAGUGUUAGAUCAUUACAAGCAUAUGUAAUUUUCAAACGGUUGUACAAUUAUACAAAACAAACCCUAGAAUAACACACAACCCUUUUUAAAAAAAUAAAUUGGAAUUGGAGUGUUUCCUUUUUAAUAAGCUGCUUGUAAACUAAAUGGCUGCUUUUCUUCUUUUCCCUCCAAAUCCUCUUUUGCGCUGAAAGCUAUGAAAUAGUCCAGCUGUCUGUUUGGCACCUCUUAUGUGCGCUCUGCUGCUUGCCCUGUGACUACAUGAGGUGAACCGUGCUAGCCUAGGAGACAACAGCAGCGGCCGGAGGUCAGCGUACGGUCGAGUAGCUCUCCUAUUCUUCCCUGGCUAUGCAGGGGCAGUCGGGCAAAGUUCAGGCCAGCAUGGAAAACAGUCGUGGUCCUGCUGUCCCAUCAGCUUUAAGGUUGUCUCCUGCAUGCAUUAGUUGCUUUGUUUCUCUGGACUGAUCUCAUCUGCCAAAACUAAAAUCAUCUGAGGGGUUAUGGGAACACACAACCUUGCCUCUCGACAGCAUUGGAGCAGGCACUGGCUUUGCUUGGAGGCAAAAGGACAAGCCACGUUCCACCAAUGCCUUGCGUAUCUGUGCAGUCCAGUCAUACACAACCUGAUCCUUGACAUGGCUGUAAGGUGAUAUGUCAAGUCUGGCCCCGUCUUGCCCUGACAAGACCAGACUUCCUCACUGUGUAUCGAGGGAAAGCUGUUACACUUAAACAUGAUGCUUGGUAAGGGGGGUGGGGUGGAGGGGGGUAAAAAAAAAAUAUUGGCAGCCUAAGACAAGUCCUGAGAAACAUGUGCCAAUGGUAAACUUACACCACUGUCCUAGAAACUACGGCUGGCUGAAAAACAGCCAGCAAAAUUGGUGAGAAUGAAGCUUAAUGAAUAUUAAGGAGUUGUAUCCACCACUAGUCCUGCUUGAAGUUGACCGUUCAAAUUUAUGGGCCUGAUUUAGUCCCAUUAAUUUCAGUAGGACUUGGUCAGGUACAAACCUAUGUUCACGGGUGGCUUAUUAUUAGUACACUUGAAUGUGUAAAAGGUCAAUUUUUCCUCCAUUCAUGUGGGAGGCCAGCUUCGAAACAGUAAAAAAAAAACUGCAGUGUAGGUUAUGUACAGUGCAUGGUCAACAUGCUUGCUUAAGCUGAUUAUCCACCUAGAAAAGAAGACGGAACAGGUGGCCCUCUCCUGAAGUUACUCUGAUUCGAUUUGAAAUAAGAACACCUUGCUACCUGUUUACAAAAAAAAUAAUAAUGUUGCACUGAACUUUUGUUUGUACGUUGAUUGAUGAUCUUUUUGGUUUGGACAAGGGAGGACUGGCAAGCUAGGAUCAUUAUUGUGCUUUAUGCACCUACCUUUCUGGCCUUUCAGCGGGAGCUAUUUAAUUAGCAUUUCUGGAUGUUGACCUAGCUCUUGGGGGGGGCAAUCUGCCAUGCCACCCUUUCGCCCUUCACGUGCUGCUAAUACUACCUCAAGCACUCCAGGGAAAAUGAUUAUACCCACUACCUGCUUGCUUCCUUAGUAAAUGACCCCAGGACCUUUUUAAUAUUACUCUCUUCCUACCCCAUUGCCAGUUAACCACAGAUUACGCAAGCAGGACCUUGAAAGGGGGGGGGCGUGUACUAGGCUAAGAAAAAGUACCGUGAAGAGAAACUCUUCUCCCCCCCCCCCAUUUCCUGCUCUGUUCACCUUUUCUCUUCCAUUGGCCAUUUUAUAGGUCUCUUGUAGCUGAUGCGGCACGACGACCUCAUCAGGCUUGCUCCUUUUAACCCAUGUCUUACCUGCUGUAAGCGGAGAUCAUGUGAUUGUGUUCUCUUGGCUGUAGAUGUUUUCCAUUUCUCUGCAUGAAGUCCAGUCUGGGCCUUGAUAUAUAGAAACAGACGAAAACCUUUUAGCAAAGUGCAAGAAGUUCGGCGUGUGUGUGAUUUUAAUUGCACAGUAUGUUAGCCUUCAUUUUGUUAUUGUUUUGAUGAGAUGUGGUGCGUAAAGUGCUAGCACGGGAUUAUUUCAUUAACCCAGCUGCAGUUGGAUAAAGAUAAGCCUUGUGGCCAGAAGAGCUGUGGGAAGGUAUGGCUUACGACUUAUUCCUGUGAAAUGCUGACCUGAUCUUCCUUGCUAGCUUAAUACAGUGUUCAGCCUUUGAAGGACACGAGGAUCUUUUUAUCUUUAAACUUUGCAUUCAGACUGAGCGGUCGGUCUCAUUGAAUCAGAGAAGUUAAGUCACACAUGUUUUCUGUAGCUCAGAACUGUCCAGUGUGAAAGGGAAGUGAUGUGUGGCUUGCACUUACAUCUGACAUCCAGUUGUAGCUGGUCAACUUGAUGGUAGCACAUUGACAACUUUCAAUGUUAAAAAGUCAUGUUUUCUAAACUUGUAGCCUCCACAUGGCUGGCACCAACCCCGUGCAGUGCUUUUAGAUGUGCUAUAUUAAGCCAGUAUUGCAUCACGUAUUAAUAGCUGCCUCCCAGUUUAGAGCAGGUAGCAUUCAUAUAUGUAUAAACUAACACUUUUAAGUCCCAGACAGUUGACAGAUCAGCAUUUUUAUUCUUCCCCCGAUACAGGCUCCCUGUAUUAGAAUUCCAUCAUGUUCAGACUUUGCCAGAGAGGUUUUGCCACUGAUAAGAAUAGGCUGUGCUAUAGGAAAGUAAUCCUCUUCACUCUGGAAAAAGAAGCUAAUGGUUCUAAAGCAGAACUCAACACAGUUUGUUGCCUCAGAAAAUCCUUGCCAUUCUGCAACAAGCUGGUAGCAAUAGCAAGACAACAAUUAAGAAUUAGCAGCAUCUGAGCUCAGAGUAUAGGUGUAUUUCCCUCAUACCAGGCGAACAUCCUAAACUGGGAGCUUUUUGUCUCUUUCUGUAAGGCUUGACUCUCAGCCAGCCUGGCAGCUGUUGUCAUCCUAUCACUCUUACUUUUUAAAACUUGGCUUGAUUCACCUUCAAUGCUGACUUUGUUUUGGUUUUCGCUUACAUUUAGUAUUACCUGCCACAGUUUUCUAUAUAAAAGAGAUACAAAACUGUCUUUGCACAACUUCUGAUACUGAACAAACUGAGCUCUCAAGUUACACCACAUCUCCUGGCAAACAGAAGUCUCUGUAACUCAAAAGCUUGCAUACAUACACCAAAAGAGGCUGCUCAAUAGAAGAGAGAUCCUCUAAUCCAGAGAUGGGAAACAUUUGGCCUUGCAGAUGUUGCUGCUCACACCAUCCCUGACCAUUGGCUGUGCUGGCUGAGACUGAUGGGAGUUGGGAGUCCAAUAGCUUCUGGGUGGCCAAAAGUUCCCUAUCCCUGCUCUAAUCAAGUUUUAUACUUGCUCUCUCUAUAGCACUCCUUCCUCUGCAGCAGCGACCAGUUUUCUGUUGACAACCUAAAUUUAUGUCAGCUGUGUGCCAUGCGACUUCUUCAGGAAGAACUGGAGAGUUCUCUUAUUAUUGCACUGUCUCAAUUCAUUCAAAACUUGUUUUUGUUUCAAAAAUCAGAUUUCAUUUCUCAAUAGCUUUUUCUAGGAAAGUUCUUAUGUGUGCUCACUCAAGUCUGGACUGUUCCAAGUUUUCAGGUAGUAGCUUCUGCUAUGGGAGCUUUUUAUUAUUAUGCAGAGUGCUACAUUAUCAUGGCUGCCUUUGCUCUGUCCCUCACUGAGGUAUUGGGGGGGGGGGAAGCAACCUCAAGAAACUGCCAACACUUUUCCGGCAUUAGGAGGGGAAGGGGCAAAGGAAAGGGCCCUUGCAGUUUCCCUCUCCUGAAAUUGUUUAUUUGAAAUAAAUUGUGAAUUUCUAAUUUUAAA